UUAUUGGCUGAAAUCUCAUGAUUACCUAGUGGUGAAUAUACUCCGCCACAAAGUGCGGAUAUAAUCUUCAAAUCAUAUUUUUGUAUUUAUUUAAGAUCCCAUCUCGACUUCUAUUUUCUCAAUUUUACUUCUGGAUGUAAUGGAAUCUAAAGGGAAGCAGAGAUAUUGCGGUGAUGGCAGGUGGAAAUCAUCAGGGGAUGGAGGAAGAAUAUGAUCUUGUUAUUAUCGGAGCGGGUAUGGGACUUUCUUUUCUAAUUUCUCUAAUCUUUCUACUCUACUCCCUUCAUUUACAUAUUUACUGCUUUACCCUUUUCCCUCCCGAGCAGUUUAGCUAGUAUUUGACACAUAUUUCACACUCCAAGUAGGUCCCUCCGGUAUAGUUCUCGCUCGCUUCUACCUCUCCAUCCACCCUACCCAUCGUCUCGCCAUCCUCGAACAAGAGGAAGUUAUAGGCGGCGUUUGGAGUUCAGGUAUUAUCGCCCUCCUUUCGAUUCUCCGAUUUCAUCCCUCCCCACCUCUUAAACCACCUUCACCUCUAACUCUCAAGCACAGCACGCCAAUACCCUGGCUUUCGUUCCGAAUCUGGUCUUCGCAUGUCGGGUUUCUCGGAUCGUCCUAUUAUUCUUCCUCCAGAAGCGCAUACGUAUGAUGAUACUUUUGAGGCGAAAUAUGUUACGCAGUAUCUAGAGGAUUAUGUAGAUGUGCACGUGCAUGAUGGGAAGAGUUUAAGGGAACGAGUAAUUUUUGGGUUGAGGUUACGGGAAUCGAGAAGGUGGUUGGGAAAUGGUGGGUGCGGAGUGAAAAGGACAAAGAUGGAAAAGAGGAGAGUAAGAUAAAAAUACCAAAAGGUUGGCAGUAGCUACAGGUCAAAAUUCCUUACCUCACACACCCUCAUUCCUCAAUCAAGCAAACUUCAAGAGCCCCAUCGUCCACCAAAAACAUUUUGGACAAAUCGCCAUGUCAGCCCUCGCACCGGAUUCCCCUACACAUCAAUCACAGUUUCUCGGUGGCGGCAAAUCCGCCACAGAUAUGGUGUAUGAAUGCACCAAAGCCAGCAAGAAAGUAACAUGGAUAAUCCGACGAUCGGGAGAAGGACCCGCCAUCUUCGCGGGUGCCAAAGGACGAGGCCAGUGACGAAACGGGGCAGAGAUGUCCGCCACUCGAGCUUUUGCUGCGUUGAGUCCCUCCUGUUUUACGCCUCAGACAUGGGUAUCUAGAUUCAUUCACCAGUCGUCCAUCGUCAAUAGUAUCGUGUCGAAAAUAUGGAAAGGAGCUGAUGAAGAUGCUGCGAAACUCGCGGAUUUCGAGAGGGAAGAUGCAUUACCUGGGUUUGAAGAGUUGAACCUGAUAGUGAAGUUUAUUGGUGUAAUGGGCCCAUUGGACUUAUCCACCACGAUGAUUUUUGGGACACGGUGGCAAAAAAUGUGAAGGUUUAUCGGGACGAUAUUCAAAGGCUUGAAUCUCGUGCUAUUAUCCUCGAAGAUGGGACCGUGAUUGAUACAGAUAUGUUAUUAUGUGGAACGGGAUGGACCCGAGGGUAUCCCUUUCUUACUCCGCAACAGACACGCGAAUUUGGACUUUCACACCCGGCGGAGGACGACGCAUCAUCCGAAUCCAAAAUAUAAGAAUCCCUCUCCGAAAACGCAACUCGAGAAAUCCUCUUCUCGUUCCCCAAACUCCGCAAUCCUCCAACUCACCAACCCAAACCCAAACCCAGCCUAAACCCCACCCGCCUCUACAACCUCCUCACACCACUCUCCGACCUCCCCAACACCUCCCUAGUCUUCCUCUCGCACCUCCACCUCUCCAACGCCUCCCGCACCGCCGAAGCCCAAGCCAUCUGGAGCACGGCCUAUUUCUCCUCCAAUCUGCGGCCACCCAGCCCCCUCAGACGCCAUGCGCGAAACCGCAUAUAUGAAUACAUUUUCAGGGCUACGGUAUCCAGCGCACGGAAGCGCGGGCAAUUAUUUUCAUCUGGAUUUGGUGGGGCAUACGGAUAAAUUGAUGCGGGAUGUAGGGAUGCGAUCGCAUAGGG